ACGCUACAGUUUCUCUAAAUAGUAGUACAACACAAAACACACCACAUUGCCAGUUUCAAAACCCUCCCUGCUCUUUCGCCAUGAGCAUCAGCAUUCGAAACUUCGGGUUAACUUACUAUUCCUACACCCUCUACGACGUGACCUUCAUCAAUGACUCCAUCAAAACCCUAGUCACCCACACUCCCUGCAUCGUCGACACUUGGAUCUCCGACAUCAAGCGCCUCCACCACCAUCGCCUCCGCAAUCUCGUAGUCGGCCUCGACGCCGAGUGGCGUCCCGAUCCCAACAUCCAAACCCCCGUCGCCACACUCCAACUCUGCGUCGGCCGCAACUGCCUCAUCUUCAAAAUUUGAUGGCCCAGGAAAUCCCCCAAUCCCUCGCUGACUUCCUCUCAGACGUCGAUUUCACAUUCGUCGGCGUUGGGAUCGAAAAUGACGCACAGAAGCUGUUCGACGAUUAUGGGUUGCACGUGUCCAACUGGGUCGAUCUUCGCGGCUUGGCGGCGGGGAGGCUGAAUGAUGCUGAGCUUUACCAUGCGGGUUUGGUGAGGUUGGCGGGAGAUGUUCUUGGGAUGAAUUUUCAGAAGCCGAAGAGCGUUACGUUGAGCGAUUGGGAUGCUAAUUGGCUGAGUGACGAUCAAAUACUGUAUGCUUGGGUCGAUGCGUUUGUUUCGUUCGAAAUCGGGCGGUAUUUGAAUGCAGGUGUUUUCUGUCUUGUUGAAUUAGCUGUACCUUUUAAGAUGUGAGGGUUGACAGAGAAAUGGCUAAUUGAGGGUUAAUCAGAGAAAUUUCAAGGACUAUAUUUUGUCUUCCUAUGCUUCAUUCAAGACCAAUUUUACUUAUUCUAGGACUUUCAGUAACAUGGAAAAGGUUUGCUGGCUUA